AUGAGUGAAUCAAAUAGUGAACCUGCACAAGAAAAUGUUGAUGUUGAUGUUAGUGAAUUCUACAAUGGAAGAAACGUAGAAGAUCUUGCGGAUGAAUUACUAUGUCCCGUAUGUGACUUUCAUAUGGAACCUCCCAUUGUGCAAUGUACAGUGGGUCACCACUUUUGCAAGGAAUGCUCCGAACUCUUUUGCUAUUGCGCUAAGUGUUUUUCUCCAAAGGCAGAAACCAGGAACUAUUUUCUGGAACAACUGUAUUUCAAGGUCAACCUGCCGUGCAAAUACGCUUGCUAUGGAUGCGAGUUCAAAUGCAAAAGCGACAAAUUGAAAGAUCACGAAGCAAUUUGUACGUACACAUUGAGGAUAUGCCCUUUUAUCUUCACUUCAUUGUGUAGUUGGAAUGGGAUAAUUUAUGAUAUCGAAGAACAUUGCGACGAUUUGCACCAUUGCAACGUGCUGAAAGGUUCAGAGAAUAAAAAUUAUUUCUUUAAUUUUGACAUAUUUAAGGGUGGCUAUUCGAUGUUCAUGAUUUUUGCAUUGAAUUCUCUAUUUCGCUUAACGUUAUAUGUGGAUGAUGAUAAAAGUAUGCUUAAAUUCUCUACUAGUUAUCUUGGGCAGAAACUUGAUAAUAAUAGAUAUUCGUACGAAGUUAAAUUCUUAAAAAAUGGUACUGAUAAAGCCGCCAUUACAUUGAAAGCUGUUUGUCCGUUUUUAAAUGAUCAUACUAAACCAUUUGCUGGUCAUUAUUUAACUAUGCCCGUAAACGUGCUGGAACCAUUUUGUGACAAUAACGGUGAUCUAGUUUAUGUGAUCAAGAUUAUUGAUAAUGGCGAAAAUUCAGCUCUCUCUCAACCAUCUACUAGUAAAAUGUCUUUAUAA